AUGCUGCGCUUCGUGGCCCGGAUGGCAUCCAGCGUUUGCGUAGCGGUGACCGCGUUCGACGUCGUCGGACAUCCGGCCGUCGUCACAGGCGCUUCGAUGUCGCCCACUCUGGAGGGAUCCGACGCCCGUUGGUGGCACCGCGACAUGGUCUGGCUCACACCUCGACGGAUACGCUCACCUUACAUUGGUGAUAUCAUCACAUUUGUAUCACCUCGGGAACCCGAUAAGGUUCAUAUUAAACGUGUUACGGCAUUGGAAGGCGAUAUUGAUUUUAGGCCAAAGUACCGAAAUGAGUUCAUGCUUGUCCCGAAGGGAUGCUGUUGGAUGGAGAGCGACAAUCCGGAAAAUGCAUGCGAUAGCAAUGUGUACGGGCCCGUAAGUAUUGGUCUAAUGAAGAAUCGUGCUACUCACAUCAUAUGGCCGCCAAACAGAUGGAAACAUUUGUCUGCUAAAUAA